CCCACACCCAACCUGCACUGUGUGUCCUCGGUACAGAGAGGCUCCGCAGCCCUGCAGUGUCUGCGGGACAUCGUCUCGUCUCUGCGGCUCUUCGUCUACCUCUCUGCGGCCUGAGCAGCACCCAGGGGCGGCCUGGAUCUCUGCGACAGCCCCGGUGUAAACAUCUUCCUGCUGCGUCCAUCCUACGGGCUGCAGGCAUCAUCCAUGAACUGUCAAUGUGGAUAGUGGCUUAUUUACAGUGCAUCAUCUGACUGGAGAAGACGUCUGACUGGCACCAUGAGCAGCACUGUGUUUCAGCAGCAGGCUGUCCACAGCCCUCUGGAGCAGCAGAAGCAGAAGCAGAAGUCAGGCGGAGGAGGGCCGAUCCCAUGUCAGAACUGUGGGAAGCCGUGCAAAGGAGAGGCUCUCCGAGUUCAGAACAAACACUUCCACAUCAAGUGCUUCGUCUGUAAAGUGUGUGGCGUCGAGCUGGCUCAGGGAGGCUUCUUUGUGCGGCAGGGUGAAUACAUCUGUACUCUGGACUACCAGAGACUGUACGGCACUCGCUGCUUCAGCUGCCAGGAUUUCAUCGAGGGGGAGGUGGUGUCCGCUCUGGGGAAGACCUACCACCCCCGCUGCUUCGUCUGCGCCUCCUGCAAACAGCCAUUUCCAGCUGGAGACAGAGUGACUUUUAACGGGAAGGAGUGCAUCUGCCAAAAGUGUACCCAGCCUCUCCCUGCCAACAGUCCUGCACCCAUCCAGGCUGUGCACAACUGCUGCGGCUGUGGGAAGGAGUUUAAGAACGAACAGUCUCUGGUAGCGCUGGACAAACACUGGCACCUGGGCUGCUUUAAAUGCAAAGUCUGCAACAAGGUGCUCAACGCCGAGUACAUCAGCAAGGAUGGGAUCCCCUACUGUGAGAUGGACUACCACGCCAUGUUCGGCAUCCAGUGUGAGAGCUGCAAGAAGUACAUCACUGGAAAAGUCCUGGAGGCUGGAGAGAAGCACUACCACCCGACAUGUGCCCGCUGUGCCCGCUGUGAGCAGAUGUUUGCAGAGGGAGAAGAAAUGUACCUGCAAGGAUCUUCUAUCUGGCAUCCUCCGUGCAGACAAGCAGCCAAGCAGGAGGAGAAGAGCAAGAAGCAGGUCCGGAUACAGCUCAAUGAUGUUCCAGAGCAACAGGUGACCAGGACUUCAUCUGAGAGCAUCACUUCCGUCCCGGCCUCAAGCGCCUCUGGCUCCCCCAGCAGAGUCAUCUAUGCCAAACUUGGAGAGGAGAUGUUGGAUUACAAGGACCUGGCUGCUCUCCCGAAGACCAAGGCCAUCUACAACAUCGACAGACCCGACAUGCUGUCCUACUCUCCGUACGUCAGCUACCCGUCUGAGGAGAGACACUACGGAGAGUCCCCCCAGCUGCUUUCUCCUACUCCUACUGAGGGAGAUGGAGAGAAGUCGCCCCGUCAGCGGAGGCCCUCCAGUCCAAGCUCCAACAGCUCCGUGGGGGGUUAUGGACGUUACACCCCGUCCCGUUCCCCCCAGAAUUACAGCCGACCAGGAGCAGACGUAUACCUCAGUGGUAGAAACAGCAGCCAGGCCCGUGACUCCAAUUCCCUCCCUUUGCCUCCAAAUAUGUUGGGUGCCAUUAAGUACCCGUCCACCUGGGCGAGGGACUCCUCAUCCCUCCCUCUGUACUACUCUGGAGGGGCUGAAGGAAGCGGCGGUGGUGGUGGUAGUGGCAAGCACUCGCCUCUACCACCAGGUGGCAAUGUGAGCUUGUCUUACCAGCUGAACCCCACCACCCUGGCCAUGCUGCAGCAGCACAACUACAUCCCAUACUUCAGAGGUAGUGAAAGUGGUCGGAGUACCCCAAGCUUAUCCACCUAUUCUGAUGGCAAAUCCCCCUCCUCUACUUCUACAUACGUGGCUGCUCCCCGGCACUUCCACAUACCAGAGACUAUGGUCAAAGAUAAUAUCUAUAGAAAACCCCCCAUCUACAAACAGCAUGCUUCUAGAACAUCCUGGCAGGAUGGGGAGGAUAGCAAGAGGACCAGCUGGAUGAUUCUGAAGCAUGAAAUCGACGGACAGAUGGGUUCAGAAGAUCUAGACCCCCGUAAAUCCACACACAGUCUGCCCACUGAUACCUCCCAGCCCAAUUUCCCCUACAACAAGUCUGCAUCUUUACCCGGAUAUGGAAGGAAUGGCAUCUACAAGGCUGCUGAUAUGGUGGAAGAUGAAGUGGACCCAGACUCCCACAGCUGGGGCGGCAUGAGAGAAUACAAGAUCUACCCGUAUGAACUCCUGGCAGUGACGCAUCGAGUGAAAGUGAAGCUUCCCAGAGACGUAGAUCGCACCAGACUGGAGAGACAUCUAUCUCCCGAGGACUUCCAGCAGGUUUUCGGUAUGACCCUGGAUCAGUUCGACCGUCUGGCCCUGUGGAAGAAGAAUGACCUGAAGAAGAGGGCCCGCCUUUUUUAGGACAGGAACACAGAGCAACAUCUCAACUGAGCAUCCGUCCUGAGUGGAGGGAAGCAGAAAAAAAAAACACAACCCAUCUGAAAUAACCUAUAUAUGCACCGCCAUGAUACCCUUACUCUCCACCUGUACAACGCCAUGCCAUCAUGCCUGCGGAGAGAGGCUCCGCGCCGGGACAUUUCCACGAUGUUGAGGCAGCAUUUAUCGCUUUUUGUAUGCAAUGUGGUCUGACUGGAAACGGACGAGGACGAGGAGCUGCGUUUGCAUGGCCUGUGUUGAUGCUCCUCGCCUCACAUGUGGUUUCUGCAUCCUUUCACCCCCGACCUCCUGCCCUUCUCGACGCUUUCAUACGUACAUCCCAGCAAAAAAAGAAACAGCUUUUCUAUUUCUGGUGUAGGCCUUUUCCAAGGUUCUGACUGUUUAAUGUGAUCCUUCUUAUCAGUUUUACUUUGUCAUCGUGUCCGUCUCUACAAAUCAUCCGUUUGCUGCUCUGCUUUUUCUCUCUCUGAGUUUUCCUCCCCACACUGACUGUUACAUCUUCACGCCAAUUCAGUUUUUCUUCAGGACUCUGUUCAAGCAUGUGAAGGAGACGAGAAUAAGAGACGACUCCAGCUGCUCUGAUCUUCUUUAUCCAAAAAGCACCUUAUCAUACACUUUUGUUUUCAUGUCCUGUUUAAUCAUAGAUGUGGGGAAACGCUGGUGGGGUAGUUUUGAUUUGCGUGCCAUGAUAUGUUCGAAUGCAGUCCCAUAUCUUACAUAAGCAUCUCGUAAAUCAGCACGGAGAGACGAGUAAGGACUGGAUAAGAGCCAAACUUGGCCGUAAAUCACAGAUAGAGGGGAGGAUGGGGGUUAUAAAAGCAGAAGAGGGGGGUUUCAAGGUGUGCAAAGGUGUCAAACAUGCAGCAUUGCCAGAGUGAUUCGCACUCACGUCAAAAACAAACAAAAGAAAUUAUUUUUAUAAGCUAUUUUUGACUUCUGGAAAGCAUCAUUAUGCCACACAGCUGAUAGAAAUCAUGAUUUUGUUACCAGAUAAGAAUAAAAACAUAUUAAGCUUCCUGCAGCAGCACUUCCAAGUGCUUGAUUUAAAAGUCGACGCUUUAACUGUGUUAUACGCUCUCAGAUAGAGAUUUAACUCUUUAUAUGUUUGAUGUUUGAAAGCAUUGUCGCGUACAGUAAAUCAAGCUGCAGUCUGUCAGCUUUGCUUGAUAAUUUCUGGACUGCAAACUAACAUACCAUAAGAUGUAUGUGAACAUGUACUGGACAUAUACCAGAUAUAUUUGUCUGUAUACAAGCCAUGGUGUGUAACUCUUCAGGCAUGCAUGAGGGAGGGAACACAGGGUUUGUCCACUGGUUACAGAUGUAUGAAAACAUUAUGAUCAAUGUGGUUUGAGUGAUUUUUCAAUGAAACGCCCAGGUCAGCUGCUUCCAUUAGCUUGUGUUAGGUAUUUAUUUAAUUGCAAUAUUAUUAAGGAAGGGAUUUUAUUUUGAAAUCUUAUGGUUGUAGUGUCAAAUGCAUAGCAUCACAAAGAAGAGCUUUGAAGAGAAACAUAUCAACAUAUUGAGUUUAAACUGAGUGUCAAAUCACUUUUUUUGUUUUUGCUCCUGUAAGUAACACACUAACUGUUGUCAUCAAUGUCAUGUCUUCUUUCUAAUAUUCAUCUGCUAUUAAAGUGCUUUAUCCAAACAACAGAGUCACCUUUUCUUAU